GAAUUUGCCCGCCCAAUCUUUCCGUUGCUGCAGAGUCGUGCAUUACUCGCCGCCAUCCUGGCCGUGGCUUGUUCUUCCACUCGUCUUCUGGCGCUGCUUCCUGUCAUGGCUUACUCUCUGUUGCGCGGCCCAGCCAAGGCAAACUACUGUACAUGCAUGCAUCUACUCGAUACACAUUGGCUAAUCUCCGCUGCAGUCUACGCGCAAGUUUUCCACCAAUGCGCGAUCCGUGCAGGGACAGCUGCCGUUGUGUACCUGAUUGGCGACCUCGACGGGCUGUUUUCUAGUCGAGGGCCAGCGCGUCUGCAAUUCGGCUCAUCCGUCUACCUGGAUUUCCUCCUACCCAGACUAUCACGCAUACUACUUAUCAUCUCCGAACAAGUACGGGGUAGAUUAGCCUCCAAUUGCUGACUUUCUCGUAUGUCUUGGGAGUUCUGAGUCUCACAGAGGGCGACACCUACAUGCGGCAGGUACAACGGGUGCAGUAGAACCGGUUGCCUGCGGCUCUCGAAUCGUUCAAGUUGACCACGACUUCGCAGAUCAUGAAGAAAGA